AACCCACAGCAACGGUGGCGUCCACGCUAUGACGGAAGCGUCGUUACAUCGAUCACUCGGAUGUGUUCAAGUAUCAAAUGCGUGGGUUGGGGGCGACGCAAGUGUUAUUUACGACGACGCGACACUUCCCGCGUCCUUAUAAGGAAACGAGACGCUUCCUGCGUCCUUCCGAGGUGGCGCGCGCGUGUGCGUGUGUCCUAUUUUAGACACCUCGGCUUCCUCUUCGGGUCACUCCGAGGUGAACUUCCAUCGGACGCAAAAGCUUUGCGGCGGCGCGGCUCCGCUUCCGGCAUGUGCGUGUCCAGGUGUCUGCGCUGCGUGGGUGUGGCCCUGGUCGCCCUGGCGACCGUGUGCGCCGCCGCCAACUUGCUGCUGCUGCUGCCGGAGCUGAAGGUCCGCUUCCUGCUGGAGGGUCACGUGACCCGCGAGGCCUCCUGGGCCACGGGACUCUGGAGCUCCGGACUCCUGGUCGCGCUCGGCGCUCGAGCGUUUUUGCGGAGCGGCCGCGCGCCCGGAUGCUGCGCCUUCAGGACUGGGAUGCUGCGUCUGUCGCUGUACUCGUGCGCGUGCCUGCUGCCUUCGGCUUUGUGCUGCGUGGUGAGCGCGACGGGUCUGGUCCAAGGUCCUCUUUGCCUCUACAACGCCACCAGCGGAGCGGCCUGGGGCGUCCCGCUCCGGCCCACCGCCGACAGGGACGCCGGGUACCUUUACAACCGAAGCGCGUGGUCGGGCGUGUGUUUGGAGCCCAAGGGCGUGGUCCAGUGGAAUGUAGUUCUCUUCAGCGUGCUAGGGGGCGCCAGCGGGCUGCAGGCGCUCCUCUGCGCCGCCAACGUCGUCAACACCCUGCUGGGCGCGGUGCUGGGCCGCGGCGGGCCCCGUUUGAGUGUGACGUCAGUGUGACGUCAUCCAACCAAAGCCGUUUUUCAACCAAAUCAUUUAUUGGCUGACCGAUGCACUUUCACAACCAAUGAAGCUGAACGAAGAGCACGAUAAGCUCGUUGCCGUCUAACAAUAACUUUGUUAAAGGUCCCAUGCCAUCAAAUGACUUUUCACUUGAAAUGCUUGGUCGCCCCAAGCGUCUCGACGCUAGUCGACGCCGUUAUUUGGACCGUAUCGUUUUCCAUAUUUAAAUUGGGGAAGAUGAGCGAUCCAAUCAGAGCAAAGCUUAUUUACAUGUCGCAUCUUCAUGCGAAAUGCAGCCCUUUCAAAAAGACCAACUAGAAUAGCUUGAAAAAGGACAUUCUGGGCAUUUCCAACAAAAAUGAUCUAUUCAAAGGUUAUGACCAAAAAAUAAAAUGGAUGGCACGGGACUUAAAUUGAUUUCAGUCAUUAAAAACAGAAUGGAUGAUGUAUUGAUGAUAUUUUGUCUGUUGUUUUUUCCCCCCAUAAUUAUUUAUUGUUAGUAAUUGUUGAUUUAACCUGUUCAUUUAUUUUUAUCAUUUCAAUUCUAUUGUGAUUAUAGAUUUUUGCAUUUUAAAUUGGUAUGUUUUCAAUUGCGUUAUCUCGUUUCACCGAUGAUUGUUGUUGAUUCAACCUGUUUAUGUAUUUUUAAUGUCAAUUCUUAGAGUAUAUAUAUAUUUUUUUUUACCAUUUUGAAUGAAAAAGAAUUUUGUAGUUGUCAGCGACUCAUAAGUUGUUCAAAACACACAUUUGUAUCGCAUCCUUUUACGCUUCAGUGUCUCGCAGUACACCAUUGCACCUGCAGGUGGUGCUGUUUCCACUCUCAUGAAGCAAAAGUUAUUUCCCUUGACACUCGUAUCCUUUUAUUCUGUAAGCUACGAUUGAAUUAUUCUGCCGAUGAAUUGAUGCAUUUAGUUCAAUGCCCUGAACAAUCAAAAACACUCUCAGCCACCGCGACCUGCAGGGCAAAAUAAAAAUAAAAUAAAUGCGCACAA